UUUAGUUUAUUACAAGAAGAAAAAAAAGCUGUGCAAAAGUUGGAGUCAAUAUUUAAAAAGGAAAAAGUUGGAUCCAGGAAAAUUCCAACUGAUUCAAGCAUUUUCUGGUACAACAAAUUCAGCUUUUACUUCAACUUUAACAACCAUAAAACAACAGAGAACCAUUCAUAAUCAAAACUCCUUUAGAAUUCGUAAAAAAAAAAUGCCUCGUGGAACUCUUGAAGUCGUUUUGAUCAGUGCCAAAGGUCUCGAUGACAAUGAUUUUCUCUCUAGCAUAGAUCCUUAUGUGAUCCUUACUUACAGAGCACAAGAACACAAGAGUAAUGUGCAACAAGGUGCUGGAUCCAAUCCUCAGUGGAAUGAAACCUUUCUUUUCACUAUUUCUGAUUCUGCUUCUGAACUCAAUCUAAGGGUGAUGGAAAAGGACAAGUUUAGUAAUGAUGAUAAUCUUGGUGAAGCAAUAAUUCCUUUGGAUGCUGUGUUUGAAGAGGGAAGUCUUCCAGAGAGUGUUUACAAACUUGUGAAGGAAGAAGAAUAUUGUGGUGAGAUUAAAGUGGCUCUCACUUUUACACCUGAGAGAAAUGAAGAACAGGGUUACAAUGAAGAGGAGAGCUGUGGUGGAUGGAAAGAAUCAGCUAGUGAAUAUUGAAGUGAAUCAAGGAUUUAAAAUUUUCCAUGAUUCAGAAUUACUUCUAUAAAAAAAAUAGUAUCUGUUGUGUCUUUGGGAAUUUUAAUCAGUGUGUUUUCUGGUGUGAUGAUCUGAUAGCGUUCUGCUUUGAUUUUCUUUCUUUCUUAUGUAAACUACAUUGUGCUGAAUAAAUGAUAUUAUAUGCACAUGUAUGAAUGGCAUGUAAGGUAUGAUAUUGAAGAAGUUAACCAAAGUAGGUUAAAAAUUCA